AUGACUAAAGAACACGAAAAAUUUUGCAUUUCAAUCAAUAAACAAAUAAGAUACUGCCUAUUAGUUCCACACCACGCACUCAUUACCCAAGCCACCACCACAGCUCUCUCCAGCCCAGUUUCCACACCACACACUCAUUACCCAGUCCACACCACCAACUCUCUCCAGCCCAGUUUCCACACCACACACUCAUUACCCAGUCCACACCACCAACUCUCUCCAGCCCAGUUUCCACACCACACACUCAUUACCCAGUCCACACCACCAACUCUCUCCAGCCCAGUUUCCACACCACACACUCAUUACCCAGUCCACACCACCAACUCUCUCCAGCCCAGUUUCCACACCACACACUCAUUACCCAGUCCACACCACCAACUCUCUCCAGCCCAGUUUCCACACCACACACUCAUUACCCAGUCCACACCACCAACUCUCUCCAGCCCAGUUUCCACACCACACACUCAUUACCCAGUCCACACCACCAACUCUCUCCAGCCCAGUUUCCACACCACACACUCAUUACCCAGUCCACACCACCAACUCUCUCCAGCCCAGUUUCCACACCACACACUCAUUACCCAGUCCACACCACCAACUCUCUCCAGCCCAGUUUCCACACCACACACUCAUUACCCAGUCCACACCACCAACUCUCUCCAGCCCAGUUUCCACACCACACACUCAUUACCCAGUCCACACCACCAACUCUCUCCAGCCCAGUUUCCACACCACACACUCAUUACCCAGUCCACAUCAACGCUCUUCAGCCCAGUUUCCACACCACACACUCAUUACCCAGUCCACAUCAACUCUAUUCAGCCCAGUUUCCACACCACACACUCAUUACCCAUUCCACAUCAACUCUCUUCAGCCCAGUUUCCACACCACACACUCAUUACCCAGUCCACAUCAACUCUCUUCAGCCCAGUUUCCACACCACACACUCAUUACCCAGUCCACAUCAACUCUCUUCAGCCCAGUUUCCACACCAGACGCAUAACCCACGCCAAAACAACUCUAGCCCAGUUUUCACACCAUGCACGUAUAACUCGCCUUACCGUAAAACCUUCAUUCCUAGCCUUACCGUAA